AUGGCACCUAAAAAGAAGCCAAAUGAUAAAACCGUCCAGGCAAAAGGCUCAGAGGCCGAACAAUUAAUAGAAGACUAUUUGGUGUCACAAUAUAAGCCGUUUUCUGUCAAUGACAUCAUUCAGAAUUUACAUAACAAGGUGACCAAAACAACCGCUACUAAAGCACUAGAGAACCUCGUCAACGAAAAACGUAUAGUAUCAAAAAGCUUCGGAAAGAUCGUAAUUUAUUCUUGUAAUGAACGGGAGACGGAGCUACCCAGCGAUAUAGAUCCUUCUGAUUUUGACUUCGAAACCAUAUUACAGUUGAGAAAUGAUCUGAUAGAAUUAGAUAGGGAUAAAUCGAUGGCUAAAGACGCUCUUGACUCUGUUACUAAAGAACCUGAAAACGAGGAACUCUUGAAAAUCAUUGAAAAAGAGGAAGACGAGUUGAGAGAGAUCGAAUCAAAGUUGCAAAGUUUACAAGGCGACUGGAAUCCAGCCAACGAUGAAAUUGUUAAGCAAAUAAUGUCUAGGGAUGCACUCUUUCAAAAAGAAAUCACCAAGAGGUCAAAGAUUUGUAAAAAUCUAAUAGCAACAAUAAAGGAUUCAGUGUGCCCAAAAAAUAUGAAUGACUUUCUAGUACGUACUUUGAAAAAAAAAAAUCACAUGUCAUUUUGUUAA